ACGUCGGCCUGGCCUUCUUGCAUUCCAGUUUUCACCACCGUCGAGCUAGAGUACCGGUAAAGCCAGACCGAUGUCUACGGACUCUCUUUCGUGUCCGUGCUGUAAGGAGACGGAGUGUGGGUCGCGCUGCUCUGCCAAAACCCGCAUGUUCCUAAGCUCUCCUACCCCGUCGUGCACAACAUGCGUGGCUACGAGAAGCUCCCGCGAGAGAGUUGCAGAGCCCUCAGUCAUGGCUCCAGACACAAGAGGCCAGCUGGGUGCGUGGUGUCGUCGCUGUUCAUCUUUCUCGUCACCGUGCUGGCCAUGCUGUGCUACGCUGUGUUCCUCUUUAUCACCUUGGAUAUCGAGACACCUCCACAGAGUGUUGAGGCCCUCGUCGCUAGGACGCCCAGUACUACUGCGGCCACCACCGAGACCACCGACACCAGCACGUCCACAGGCGCCACGACAAGCACCGCGACGAGCAGCACCACGACGAGCAGCACCACAACAAGCGAAACCACGCCGGCAGCUUCGCCUACGACUGCCACCGACUAUAGCACGACCAGGAAAGCCCGGCCGCCCAGGAGGCCCAUGGGCAAGCGGCCGCUGUUCUGCACGUUCGGCACCUACGAGCAGGAGUACGAGCGCAUCGACAUCGACGGCGUGUGCGACUUCGCCUUCAUGCCGUUCUACUCGGGGCGCGUCGGCGACACGCUGCUCGACGACAGCCACCCCGUGGUGCGGAAGAUGCUCCGCCUGGCGGUCAGCGCGCGCUCCACGGCCUACGCGGUCAGCAUACCCCAGAGGCAAUGCUUGCGCGCGUCGGAGGACCUCGGGAGUAUUCGGGGCCAGCAAAAAAUGGAGGAGUACUGGACAAUUUGGCACGUGUACCAUUACGGCGUGCUCGACCUGGAAGUCCGGCCGGACGCCAAGCUCCCUCAUCAGCGGGUGAACAUGGUUUUCAACUUGCUCAAGUCGCUGAGGGCCGAGCAGCACAGGCUAAAGGAAGACUACCCGACGUCUGCAUCACCCGAGCGAGGAUUCGUCGUCUUGGGGUUCCGCCUGUGGCCGCAGAACAUGGCGCCUUUCCUCAGGCACGUCACCGAGGAGUUGAGUACAUUCAUGGUGGACGGCGUGAUACCACUGACGCACAUAUCGCGGGACGAGUUCGCCGCCCGCUACCCGGGCUGCUGGGUCACGGGAGCGGCGCCCUACGACGUGCCGCCGGACAGGAAGGAGUUCCACAUGCUGGGCAUGAAAAAGACCAUGGAGGUGAUCGGCAACCAGACGGAGUGGAAUGCCUACCCGUCGUUGGCCGUGUCGGUGACAAUGUGCACGCGCUUGUACAUGAUCAAGUCCUCGCGGGACCUGUACGCGCCCUGUCUGGACCACCAGCAGCCUCCGAACACCAUGUCCGCCUUCUGCCAGGACCCACUCAACGUCUACGUAAAUCGAACCAUGGACGAAAAGCAGUUCACCAUGAUAUCCAGGCCAGAAGGCAGCGACUUCCUCCUAGCCACCUUUGAAUCGUCCACCACUAUUUCGACAAAGAUAUGCCUUAUCAUGCGCGAAAACAGGGAUCUCGACGUCGGCCUCGCCCUGUUCGAUAUCGACUGCGAGGACUGGAGCAGGCGGUGUGACAGUCGCCUCAACGCGGACCACAGCCCGACGUUCGACAUCAGGGGCAACAGUCGCUUCGACCAAAGCACCGACUACUUCUUCCGCGCCGCGGCCAGGGUCAGGCGCGCCGGCCCCAUGCCGUGCCCGUGACGCCGCAGCGCGGGAGCGGUGACCAACAGGGAUGCCCGGAGCGACACUGCAUCACCUAACUUUACUGUCCAAAAACGACUUGCAAGACUAAUCAAAAGCGACAUAACUCAUAUCAGUCGUGAUAUAUAUAGAGACGAUGCCGCGUGCUUCACACACGUGACACUUUUUGAACGUUAGCAGAUUUGUCUAGCCGCCUGUGCUCGAGUGGUUUCGUUUGCUUGGUUGUUGCUAUACUUGGUGUUUUAAUGUGACGUGUACUUCUCGAUUUUUGGGUCAUUUAGGUAACGAUGUGUCAUAGUGGCUUGCUUUACGUCCGUUAAUCUUCUUUCUUUUGUGGUUGCUCUUAUCUCUGGAAAAAGCUUGUGGCGCGAGCA